CCUGUUUUAUAGAUAAUGCCUCAUACUGACUGUGGUGUGUGUGUGUGUGUGUGUGUGUGUGUGUGUGUGUGUCAGACGGUGAGUCCCGCAGCAGGGGAACAUCCUCUCCAGUAUAACUAUACCUUGUGGUAUUCCCGGAGGACUCCGUCCCGACCCGCCAACACACAGAGUUAUGAACAGAACAUCAGACAGAUCGGCACGGUCGCCUCGGUGGAGCAGUUCUGGAAGUUCUACAGUCACCUGGUUCGACCGGGAGAUCUGACUGGCCACUCUGACUUCCACCUGUUUAAAGAGGGAAUCAAACCCAUGUGGGAGGAUGAAGCUAAUAAGAACGGUGGGAAGUGGAUCAUCAGGCUGCGGAAAGGUCUGGCCAGCAGGUUCUGGGAGAACAUUAUUCUGGCCAUGUUGGGAGAACAGUUCAUGGUGGGAGAGGAGAUCUGUGGGGUGGUUCCAGCGCCAAGUCGAGGGACUGGAGGGUAG